AUGCACAUAUCUACACCAUUCGUGGAUCGAGAUGCGCCCGCCAAUACCCCUACGCCAUUUCUCGAUUUAUCCACUCUCGGGCCCCUCCGCCCUCCUCUCGUCGCGAUCGAUGGCUUUCGAGCUCUCCACUAUCGUCUCGCCUCGAGCCGUGUACGAACCAAACUCGAACACGAAAAGUCAACCCGAUAUGUCCACCCCUCAGUUCUCCCUCUGUGGCCGCGAGUCGUACUAGGAGCGUUUGCUGCCGGUUUGUUUAUGUUGACUACUCCGCUCAACCAUACCAUACCACCACCAUCUGCAGAACACCACAAACUACCUCCUCCACCUCCGUUGCACCUGCAAAUGGGCCAAUCGGACACAAAACUCACCACCACCAACCCGCCCAGCUUCUCCCGCCUCGAGUCCCUCCCCGUGGAAAUCCUGCAGUUGAUCUUCCUACACAGCCUAGAACUCAACCUUCCCCGCGCAUCGCCGUCCCUCAGCCGCGCGCUCUCAAGCAACCUCCUCUACACAUGGCUCAUCCGACUAGCCUUUAGCAGCGCCAACCCGGGCUCGGCGGUGGGAUUCUUCACCCCGGAAUUUCUGCCCUACCCGCUCGAUUUCUGGGGCCUGGCGUGGGAGCAGCGCCGGGAGCUGCAGACUGGUCUGCUGGCUUGUCGAUGGUGCACGCUGUCUUUUAUUCGGAAGUGUCAACGGGACUACGUGGCUCAUGUUAUCCAGCAGAAAUGCACGGAUCUGGUUUUCCAUCCGGAUGACCGGGCCCUGCUCUCGAACUUGGACUCGCAUUUCACAGACCUGACCGAGGCUGAUCAUGCAACUGGCGGCGGUCGACGCGGCAAAGGGGACCUGAUCAUCCCGGCACACCUGGGCUCGAAUGAGAAUGCCACCAACACUACUUCGUCAUCUCGCAACGCAGACCGCAAACUCGCAAUCUGGUUCCACUUCGGCGCCGUGCAAAUCCGCAAACCCCACGAAGUAUACUACGAAACCGACCUCUUUCGCCUCCCCUGCUCCUUCGUAAUCGGCCCAGGCCGAAUCCCCGAUAAACUGCUCCGCGCGCCGUGGUCAGAGCCCCAGUUCGAGUUCCUGCAGCUCCUCUCGACGGACUUCUACCUGGACGAAGACCAGGUAGACGCGGAGCGCUCCGCGGAUAUCACGCACUGGCUCAUCCGCAAGCGACAGAUUGAGCCCUUUCGGCGGCUGCUGAGUAUGUCGUUCCGGUCGGCGAAUUGUCGCGUUCCGGCGCGGUGGCCGUUGAGCGAGGAGCUUUGUGCGCUUGUCAAGCGUUGUAGCACUGGCGCUGGGGAUCCGUUUGCGCUGGCUAUUCUGGAUGAGCGGUGGGAUGAUAUUCCCGUGGAGGCGAGGCACGAUUUGCUUCGGUUCGCUGAGGUAGAGGCGAGUUGA